AUGCGGUUCUCAUUCCUCAAGCCCGUAGUAGCCGCCAUGGCUCUCUGCGGUACAGCCGUGAUGGGUUCCCUCACGCCCCAGCAAAUAGCUGACGGUCUCUCGUCGAUGACACAGAAGACACAAGCCCUCCAGGCCCCGGCGCAAUCAAUUACUCUUAUCAACGCGCCCCUAAUCGUUAUCGGCCAGGGCCCUUUUCCACAAAUCAUUUAUGGCUUUAACGACAUUGUCUCUACUGGGAACACACUGAUAAGCCAACUUGAGGGGACAGGACCGAUACAGAAACGGGCUUUGGAAGCGCGUGGUCCUGAUGCCGAUCUCGUCUUCGCAGCUUUCCGUGAGCUAUCCCGGGUGUCUCAGGCCACCCUUAACAUCCUUAUCGGCAAAGCGAAUAUCUUGUCAUCGGUCCCUGUUGUUGGCGAACCGGUGGCGACUGCCUUGCGAGGAUUCGAGGGAACUAUCGAUUCCAUUGCUAUUGCUCUCAUCAACUUGCUACAGGUUCACGGGAACGACAUGGCCAAUGACGCUAACAGCCUCGGCGACACCAUUCAGUUGGCUAUCCAGAGCUACCAAUCACUCAACAUCUAA